AAAUUGCUGAAGGACUGUCUUACUUGCACUCAUUAGAGCAUCCAGUAAUUCUCAAAGAUAUAAAGCCCUCAAAUAUACUACUUGAUAAGUCCUAUACUGCAAAGAUAUCAGACUUUGGACUGGCAAUCACAGCACCUGCACCCUCGAGAGAUCAUGAUGAAUAUAUACAAGACAGUAGAAUUGCUGGCACAUAAGGUUAUAUGGAUCCUCUUUAUGUUUUAUAUGUUGUGUGUGAAGAGCGAUGUGUAUGGCUUUGGUGUUGUUUUGGUUGAGCUGCUAACUGGUUCAAGAUCAACAAAAAUUGUGGUUAAUGCUUCCAUAGAGGAAUGGGCCGAGACAUAUCUAAAUAAUAGAUUCAGGUUGAGAGGCAUAAUGGACUCCAGAUUGGAGGGGAAGUAUGUUACUGGGCAGGCUUCAGAAAUAGCAAUGCUUGCUCUGAGAUGCCUCGUUCGUAACCCCAAAUUCCGCCCAUCAAUGAAAGAAGUUGCCGAGACACUAGAGAAUAUCAAAACUCGUGCUUAUAACCAGAAACAUCUUGUCAUGUGUGGGAAGUGCCAUAAAGCUGGACACUACACCAGGUCUUGUGACAAGAUCAGUCAUGUUGGAGGGAAUUCAAAGCUUCCAAAUGCAAGUGAAGCAAUAACAGAGAAGAGGACUUCUUCCACACAAUCAACCGUCCAACAAGACAGCGAAAGGAGUGAGGCCAGUGGUGUUGCAACAAAGACACCUCGAACAACUCCCAGCAAUUCAAACCUACUAGAUGCAAGUAAUGCAACGAGCAAUGAGAAGACUUCAGCAAUUCAAUCACCUCAUCCCCAGCAAGGAAGCAACAGGGACGAGGCAGAUCGCGUUGGUACCAGCAAACCUAGGAACAAUCAUCUUAUAAGAAAAACAACUGCCGUCGGAGGUAAUUCGAAGGUACUUGAAUCAAGAAAUACAACAAAAAAGGAGAAGACGACUUCUUUUAGAUUGACUGUCCAACAAGGUAAUACAAGAAAGGAGGCAAAUGGUGUCGCUACCAGCCCAUCUUGUAACAAUGGUCCUAAAACCAAAAUUCCCAGCAAUUCAAAGCUACUAAAUGCAACUGAUGCUAUGAAAAAGGAGAAGAUUUCUACAACCAAAUCAAUUGUCAAAGAAGAUAAAAAGAGAAAUGAGUCAAACGGGGUUGGUACUAGCACACCUCGUAGCAAAGGUCCUGGAAAAACAACUAAAAUUUUAGGCAAGUCGAAGCUACCCAAUGCGAGUAACGUAGCAGGGAAAGUGAAAUCUUCUGUCCAACAAGUAAACAAAAGGAACGUGCCAGCCGAUGGUGUUAUCUGCAUAAAAUAAACCCAAAGAAGAACGUAUAUCACAAUGCUAUGCAGGGAAACAAGGUCACCAAGGACAGAGAAUUCCCUGUUUCACCAGAUGAAGAGGAACCUUGAGAGCAUCAGGUUUCUUACCGAAAGAUGCAUCAGCCUUCAAAUUGCUUAUGUCUAUCAAGCAUUUGUCUUUCUCUGGAUCAAUUAGGAGCUUGUACUUGCGUCCUUGUAUUCCCCUGCUAUCCACUGCAUUUCUUUUUCUAUUUCUUUUUUUUUAUCAAAAUGCAAAUCCAGAGGUAAGAUAAACGCUCUUAGUUAUUAGCAAGAAAAGGAAGAAAGCUAGGCCUAAUUUUCGUUCAA